CACGUGCCCGUACGCAUUCACGAUCAGUGUCUCACGUCCGAAGUCUUUCGAUCCCAACGCUGUGAUUGCAAAGAGCAGUUGCACAUGGCCUUGCUGUACAUUCAAAAACACGGCGGAUGUAUUAUUUAUCUACAACAGGAAGGUCGAGGCAUUGGAUUGGCCAACAAGGUGGCGGCAUACGCCUUGCAGGACAAUGGGCUGGACACGGUGGACGCCAAUCUGCAUUUGGGCUUCCCCGAAGACAGUCGCGAGUACGGUGUCGUCAAGGCCAUUCUGCGAGACAUGCAAAUAGGUUCCAUCCAACUCAUGACUAACAAUCCGCGCAAGGUAGAACGCAUGGCUCGACUCGGUAUCGUCGUUGACCGGACCCUACCCAUGGUGGUUCCACAAACGAAUCCGUACAACCACAAGUACAUGGAAACCAAAAAAACGCGCAUGAACCAC